GUAUCGAAACCGAUCGACUGCGCCAAUGUCUUGACGACCACCGACCAGGACUGUUCUUACUCCAUAUUUCAUGAUACCCAUCGUUUAGUUGUCUAGUUUCCCUAAGGCCCAUCACUAUGAUACCAAUACCCUUCAAGUCCUGGUUUGACCACCCGUCGAGUAGAGAUAGGCGUGCCAGAGCAGCCACGCAGCAGCGUAGUGUCAUUGCGUUCAUUGAGUCGCCAGUUGACGAGAAGGAGGGAGAUCUUCCGCAUCUCCGUCAACAAUCCGAGGCAACACCCAUCGAGCUAUUCUUUGACUUGUUCUUCGUCGCGAAUCUCUCCACCUUUACAGCUACACAUGAGAUCAACAACGUAGAAGCUUUGUGGGCCUACAUUGGCUUCCUCGGGAUCAUCUGGUUUACCUGGCUUCAAGUCACACUAUUCGAUAUCCGUUUCGCGCGAGACUCGAUCUUCGAGAGAAUUUGCAAGGCCCUUCAAUUGGCUGCUAUGGUUGGAUUUGCCUCGGCAGGUUCAAGGUUCACCACACGUGUUCAACCAGAAAAUGUCUGGGCCUUCCAGUCCUUGAGCCUUAUCCUCGGUGGCAGUCGGCUCUUACUCGCCUUGCAAUACACUGUCAACGCCGUGUUUCUUCGGCGGCGUAUGAUACCUGCAGCUCGGGGCGUAUCCAUUAUUGCGGGGAUGCAAUUUGUCUCAAGCUUGACCUACCUCCUGAUGUAUUAUGCCUUCCGACCCCGUGAGGGAGUCAACCCCUAUAUUUGGACCGUUUGGUUUGUUCUAUUUGGGGUCGAGAUGUGGGUAGUAAUGGGAACUUCAAGCGCCACACCUGGGAUUGGACUUCAAGAUACCCAUCUCGACACAAGAAUGGGUCUCCUAACUCUGAUCAUAAUCGGUGAAGGUGUCAUAUCUGUCACUAGGCUCGUCAACCGGACAGUAGGCCCUGGUGGCUGGACGAAGUGGUCGUUUGUCCAUAUCCUAGGCGUUACAACUAGUGUGUACUUCUUGUGGCAAGCGUACUUCGACCUUUCUCCAAGACGUGUUCUGGGCAAGUACUCUCAGCAAAUAUGGGCCCAGCUACAUUUCCCGUUCCAUGUGGUCCUCAUUCUCCUCCUUGAAGGGUCUCAGAUCCUUGCCUUAAGUCUGGAUAUCACAUUGAAACUCCGGUACCUAGCGGAAACCAUCCUGUGGGCUUGUGAAGACCCACGGCCCAGACCCGACUACGCCAUACGAAUUCUUCGAGCUACCAUUGCUGAUAUGGAAAUCGACUAUAGCCGAGGGGCCGUAAACGAACAGGUUACAAUCUCCCGGAUCUUGGAUGAUCUCCCCAAUCACCCGCUUUGUCCUUCCCGUCGGACGGGCCAAGUCCCCAUCGCCCGAGACAUGCUCAGUGACCUGGUAGGGAAUGUAACUGCGGCGCUGUUCUCCACCAUGCGGAUCAUGCCUUCGAACCACCCUGAUCCUGGCCGCUUGACUAGUGAGCAGCUGCUGAGAGGGUAUAUGGCCCUCCUAGAAUUCGUCUAUGUGUACUAUUUUGCCGUGGCGUCACUCUCUAUGAUGUUCUUUGGUGCUUUUGUAUUAUUAGCGCGUCGCCACACGCUCCGCAGAUGUAUGGGCAUCAGCGCAGCGGCCCGCGUGUCCCUUGGUAUGCUCCUGGGAAGCCUAAUGAGUUUCUCUCGUCACUUUCCGCUCGUCUAUUCUUUCAUGACAUCCCCCGCCAUAUUAUAUGCGUUUACUCUUACAUUGUUCAUGGUGUUGCUGAUGGACCGGCUUUUGGACCGGUACCAGAGCUACGGCAGACGGACGCAGGAAAGCGAGGUACCCUGAAAUUACCCUGGCGGACGCCAUUCUUUACUAUACUAUCUUUCCUGCAUGAACCAUCAUCCCCUGUACAAUCAUAUCCUUAUACCAAGGGCCGGAAAAAGGGCGGCCAGCGGGGGUCUGCGACGAUCUAACCAUCUAUCCACUUUGCGUAGGGCAAUGG